UUUUUUUUUCAGCGAGCAGCAAUGCCAACUGAUGAUACUGAUCUUGAAAUUCGACAAGAUAAUUUAAAAGAAGAUAUUGAUAAUCUAACAAAAUCACAUGAAAAACAGGAAAAAGAAAUUAUUGUUAAACAAAGUAUGUUAAUAACAGCUCAAAAAGAACAUGAAGAAGUUUUAUUAAAACAAAGUGAUUAUCGUCGUGAUGCUGUAUCAAUGGCACAUUUUGCAUCUGUUGUAUCAAAUGAACGUGAACAAAAAUGUCGUGAAAAAAUGAAAGCUAAAAAUCGUUUACAAGCUGUACAAGAAGAUUUUCAACGAAAAACAGGUGAAAUUCAUGAACAUGAAAAACGUAUUGUUGAUUUAGAAGUUAAAUUAAAAGAAUUUGCAUCAAUGUAUGAUAUUAUUAAAAAUGAACGUAAUAAAUGUGUUAAUUCAAUACAAAUAAAUAGUCAAAAAUCAAAUGAAAUGAAAGAAAAAUUAAAAUUACUUCAAAAUGAAAUUGAAAUUUUACGUACAAAAUUAAGUAUAUUAGAAAAAGAUUUACAAAAAAAAAAUUUACUUGUAUUAGCAUCUGUUGUUGAACGUGAUAGAGAAAAACAUAAAGUUGAAAAACAACGUACUUAUUUACGUGAACUUAAUAUACAAGAUCAACAACAAACAUUAGAAAAUCGAAAUUAUAAUAAUUUAAUUGCAUUUGCUGAAAAAGAAUUAGUUCGAUUAAGAAAAGAUUAUGAUACAGCUGUUUUGGAUAGAAAUGAACGAAGUGUACAACUUGUUGAAAGAUAUAAUGAAGAAGUUGUUUUUCAAGAAAAAGUUAAUGUUCAAGAUGCAAAAUUAAAAAAUGCUUAUAUUGAAUUGAGAAGUCGAGAUGAUGAAAUACGAUUAUUAGAAUUACAAAUGCAAGAAGAAAAACGAGAAAUUGCUUUAUCCAAAAAGAAAUUACCUGUUAAACGAGCAUUAGAUCAAGAACUUGAAUUAUAUCGAAUAUGUGUAAGUUAA